AUGCCUCGGCUUUCCUCCUAUCUUUUGGCGUUAGUCGCUGCCUCUGUGAAGAGCUCGUACAAGGACCAGACAAUCCUCAAUCCACCGCUUUACUGUGAAUGCGGACCGAAGACAGGUAGAGGUAUCAAGCCGCCUCUCAUCAUUCCCUUCCCACCUCCGCCCCCAGGCUUUAUUCUUCCGCCAGCCGGAAUCCCUCAUCCCAAGAACAAAGACAGCUGUCCAGAAGACUUCAAAGAAACAAAAUGCAAGGACUGCAAGCCUGUUUCUGGCUGGUGCUCUGAGGGUCCUCAGACUGGCUGUCCGUGCCGAGACGAGUGCCCCGCUGAGGACAGCAAGGACGUACCUAACUGCUCGUCUGCCUCUUGUGAGGGAGAAAAAGGGAAAUGUACCACGGGCCCCUACGCCGAUUGCAAUUGCAAAGACAUUUGUCCUGACAAUGAAGAAGAGUUCAUUGAUUGUGCCUCUGAUCAUUGCAAGAGUGAAGAUCUCGCAACCUGCAAAGAGGGUGACUACAAAGGAUGCAAAUGUUUAGUAGCUACCGACGACAUCAUCAAUGACGACCCUGGAUUCGAAGACGCAGUUAAGUGGUGGGACCAGUUUAUCGACGUCUACUCCAACAUUGAUAAGUAUGCGCCCAAGGCAGAUACGAAGUGCAGCUCAUCCAGCAACACAAAAGCGGUUGCAAUCGAAAAGUCAACGGCCUACAAAGUAGGCGACAAGUUUUGCUCAGACUUGGAUCUGUCGAAAGAGACCAAGAAAGAUCUGACAACCAAAGACAUUGGCAUCUCUAACAGCGAUUAUUAUGUGUUUCACUUCGAAUAUAAGCCCGGAAAGAGCUGCUUCUCAGACUGCAAAUCUACUAUCCGCUCAAUGGUUUGCUCCGGAUACGACGAUCAUACCAUCCAACCCGAAAGUAAAGCCACGUUCAAGUGUGGCUCCGAGUACAGUUUCAGUUUCAGUGUGCCUGAUAAAGCCAAGUUCCCGACUGCCGUCUCCACCACUAUGGAACCGGCCAAGCCAACCGCAUCCCUGGGCCAAAGGACGUGCUUCCUGGAAAGUCGACGGCCUGCCAGUAUUUACGGCGGAGUCCGGCCCGAUCAAUAUGCCGCCGCUGCCGACAAAGCCUGCACAGCAUUCAGUAAACACAGUAAGAUUGAGGCCAAUAACGGCCGAGGCUCCUAUGUUUACAGAGCCAAUGAUGGCCCUGUGCCGUAUUGGUUCAAUGUUGGCGUCAAUUCUCUCGACAAUCACUCUACCUGUGACCAGAACCUAGAGGAUCCGCUUGGGGAUGGUUCUCAUAAAUGCAGCACGAUAUUGAAAGAUGACGUCUUCAAGGCUUGUAAUAAUGGCGGCCGUGGAGGCUACAUCAAGGUGGGAUGCUUGGUUUACUCAUUUGAUGUCUGCAGCGGAAAAGGUGAUAUUCCAAACGAAGCCGUAUGCUUUGCAAGCGGAAUGGAUGCCCCCGAGGUGGUCAGCUAA